AAAUGGACAUAGGAGUCAUUCACACAAGUCAAACGACCGUCAGAGGCAGAAAGUUGCAGCCAUGUGAAUGUUUCCAUUCCAACCUUUAGGGGGCGAUGAUCGCAAUCUUUCUGACAGAUACAGGAGACAGAGAGCUCUAUUUCUCUCGCCUCAUUCACUAUUGCGAGUCUGGAUAAAGAACCAUAAGAAAAAAACUGUACGGAGGACGAAGAGAAGACUGGUUUGAAUUCAGGGAAAAUCUGUAGCUUCGCGUGGUUUUUCUAAUGGUGCCGCAGUAAAAAGGCCCCAAUUCUGGGGGAAGCAACCGUAGCGGGAUUUUUUCAUCGACAGACACCGACACUGCUCCUUGGAAAUGUCUGGAAAGAUAGAAAAACAAGAUUCCCAGCGCUCCCACCUCACCUCGUUCACCAUGAAGCUCAUGGACAAGUUUCACUCUCCCAAAAUCAAACGGACACCAUCGAAAAAGGGGAAGCAGCAGCAGCCGGAACCGACGGUGAAAGCAGCUGAAAAACCUGUGAACAAGAAUGUGAGUCGCUUGGAGGAGCAUGAGAAGGAGGUGGUGAGCGCCCUGCGAUAUUUCAAGACCAUCGUGGACAAGAUGGUGGCUGACAAGAGGGUUCUGGAGAUGCUGCCAGGCUCCGCCAGCAAAGUGCUGGAAGCCAUUCUUCCACUGGUUCAGGUGGAGCCGCGCAUCCAGCAGAGGGUGACUGGCGGGAGUGCUGAACAUAUAAAACCCUUCAGCUCUGCGGUCUCAUCGUGUCACAAUCGGGUCUACCAGAGCCUGGCCAAUCUGAUUCGCUGGUCUGAUCAGGUGAUGCUGGAGGGCGUGAACCUAGAUGACAAGGAAACGGUACUCACUGUUACCGUGGUGAUAAAGGCAGUGCUGGAUGGAGUGAAGGAGCUUGUGAAACUGACGAUCGAGAAACAGGAGCACCCGUCCCCAGCCUCCCCAGCGUCCCCAGUCAAACAGAUUUCACCAGCCUGCAAAUCUGAGAUCACUACAGAGCUUCCUUUGACGGAGAGAGAAAAGGAGAUUUUGCACAAAACCACGCCCAUGACGCGGUCACUGGAGAUCCUUCCGGACGCCGCUGAGGAGGACGUGGCUCCACCCAAACCGCCCCUGCCCGGGAUUAAAGUCAACGAGCACAGCCCUCCAGCUUUGCCGCCCAAAAAGAGACAGUCAGCCCCCUCACCUACUCGUGUUGCCGUUGUUGCACCUAUGAGUAGGACAACCAGUGGCUCCAGUUUACCCAUUGGCAUCAGCAAACAGGAGUAUGACCAGGACUGUCUCCAGCGACGGCUCUCUAGUGGCAGUCGCUCUUACGGAGGUGAGUCUCCGCGCCUCUCCCCCUGCAACAGCAUCGGGAAGCUGAGCAAGUCUGACGAGCAGCUCUCCUCCCUGCAACACGACAGCGGGCAGUGCUCCCGCAACACCAGCUGUGAGACGCUUGAUAAUACUGAAAACUAUGACCCGGAUUACGAUUUCCUGCAUCAGGACCUCUCGAACGCUGACCAGGUGCCCCACACGGUCCCCAGCGGAGUGCUGAGCCCCCUGCCUGAGUCUCACAGCGAGUCCCCAUCCCACUUCCCAGGGCAGCCCUUCAGAAUCGCCUCUCCACAGCCCCUGGAAUACUGCCGCUCCCUGGGAUCGGGGGCUUCACCGCAGCCAACCCCUGUCGAGAUCCCCCCAGCCCUGCCCCAGAAGAAACGGCGCAGCGCAGCCUCCUUGCAGUCCGAGGGCUUGGGUUCGAGGGUCUCCUACGAGCGCCACCCCUCGCAGUACGACAACAUCUCCGAGGACGACCUGCCAGUGCCCCCCUUCCCCGUGUUUGCAGCCGUCUCUCCGCUCCCCCAGGGCAUCGCCACCAUCUUCUCUGCUGACUUCAACACCUCAGUGACGGAUGACAUUCCCGAGAGCCCCCCUCCCCUUCCAGAGAAGAAGAGCAAACACAUCCAGCAGUACAUGCAGUUUCUGGAGGAUUACUCUGAGCCGCAGCCCUCCGUGUUCUACCAGACACCGCAGAGCGAGAGCAUCUACGAGCAGCGGAACAAGCGCUUCCAGGAGGCGUACGGCUUCAACGACUCCUUCAGCAGCACAGACUCUGUGCACGAGCUGCUGCCCCCGCCCAGACUACCGCCCAAGCAGAGGCAGCUGGCCUCCUAUAAUGCCUCCUCCUCCUCCUCCUCCUCCUCCUCUUCUCUCUCGUGUCAUGUUCAGCAUGCUCAGGCUGUCGUCCCGGUGGAGGACGCCAACGCGGCUCUCAGUCUGAGCAUGUCCGUCUCUAACUCCUUCCUGAGCCGGCACAGCUCCUUCACAGCACCUUCGUUGGUGUCUCCUCCUCUUUCUACUCCUCCUUCUUCCAUCUCUGAAGAGUUUCCAUUCCCUCUCUACCUGCCUCCCACUUUCCCCUCAUUCGACCCGGCACCGAUGGCAACGUCUCCCUGGCCCUUCCCCCUUCUCCCGCCUUCUCUGCUCCACCAAUUAGUGCUCAGCCAGCCUUUUUUCGACCCCACCCUUCUCGGCCAGUGUUGGCUCAACCACCCUUUUUUCAGCCAAUUAUUUCUAAGUCAGUUGCUCCACAACCAAUCAAACGUUGGCGCUGAUCCUGUGUGGAUUCCUGAAUCUCCUCCCCUCUCUGCCCAUCUUGAGUCACUGUACAAGUCUGUUUACAGGUCCUACUCUCAGGACUUUGCUCCUCACAAUCAAGCCUCCAUUCCUCCUUUCCUCUCACCUGUCUCUUCCCACUUUACAACUGUCCACCAAUCGCAGAGCUUGGACCUAGCUGCGCCAGCCACUGCUGGCCAAUCGGCAGUUCCUGGGGGCGUGGCCAAUGGUUCCCAGGACAGCUCUGGUGGCUCUCUUGCUGUCUGUCCACCUUCUGAACCUUCUCUCCCUGACUCUCUGCAGACCUCUGUGAGCGAGAGUGCUAACGAGGAAGGCGGGGAGGGUGAAUACGUCAAUCUGUAUUCGUCCAGUCAAGUCAAUGGAGAGCUUCCUCACUCCAGAGGAGACCCAGCAGCAGUGACAGACGAUGCGCUGCCAGACCCCUCCCCUCAGAAGCCCUCGACCAACAGUAAAGAGAACGCAGAGGAUGGCAGCAGGAGACAGAAGUCGACAGACUCUGAUCACAGUGACGAGGAGGUUGACGAACUCUCCCUGAUCGAUCAUAAGGAGAUCAUGACGAGGAUAACGCUCAAACAGGAGGUGAGAGACCGGGUCUGUGCAUCUGAUCAAGACCUGUCUGCUAUCAUUGAACACGUGGAGCCAUCUUUGAGGAGUGAUGACGGGCCUGAUGUGCGUGCUGGAUCAGGAGAUAUUUUACUAGUGCACGCGACCGAAACGGACCGGAAAGAUCUGGUUUUGUACUGUGAGGCUUUUCUUACGACUUACCGAACUUUCAUAACACCAGAGGACCUGAUCAAGAAACUCCACUAUAGAUAUACAAGAUUCUGCCACAGUCCAGACACGUUCAAGAAGCGCGUGAGCAAAAACACCUUCUUCGUGCUCGUCCGUGUGGUGGAUGAACUCUGUUUGGUAGAGCUCACUGAUGACAUCCUGAAGCAGCUGAUGGACCUCGUGUUCCGGCUGGUCUGCAGCGGGGAGCUGAGUCUGGCGCGAGUCCUGAGGAAGAACAUCCUGGACAAGGUGGAUCAGAAGAAGCAGCUGCGCUACAUCAACUCCAUGAAACCCCUGGCCGCCCGCGGUGUGGCUGCAAGACCCGGCACCCUCCAUGAUUUCCGCAGUCACGAGAUAGCAGACCAGCUGACCCUGUUAGAUGCUGAGCUCUUCUAUAAAAUUGAGAUCCCUGAGGUUUUAUUGUGGGCUAAAGAACAGAAUGAGGAGAAAAGCCCUAACCUGACCCAGUUCACAGAGCACUUUAACAACAUGUCUUACUGGGUUCGAUCAAUAAUCAUUCUUCAAGAGAAAGCCCAGGACAGAGAGAAACUGCUCCUCAAGUUCAUUAAAAUUAUGAAGCACUUAAGAAAGCUGAAUAAUUUUAACUCCUACUUGGCAAUAUUAUCAGCCCUGGACUCGGCACCGAUACGGAGACUUGAGUGGCAGAAACAGACCUCAGAGGGUCUGGAGGAGUAUUGCACCUUGAUUGACAGCUCAUCCUCAUUUCGGGCGUAUCGGGCAGCACUGGCAGAGGUGGAGCCCCCCUGUAUACCUUACCUGGGUCUCAUCCUGCAGGACCUGACGUUUGUCCACCUGGGGAAUCCGGACUUAAUCGAUGGGAAGGUGAACUUCUCCAAGCGAUGGCAGCAGUUCAACAUCCUGGACAGCAUGAGGCGCUUUCAGCAAGUACAUUACGAGCUGAAACGCAACGAUGACAUCGUCUCCUUCUUCAAUGACUUUAGCGAUCACCUAGCAGAGGAGGCGCUCUGGGAACUGUCCUUAAAAAUCAAGCCGCGGAAUAUCACGCGACGCAAAACAGAACGCGAGGAGAAGACCUAGGAGCUGCUUAGUGCUGCGGCCUGAAAACUAAGAAUCUAAAACUGUGACGGCAGCUAAAGGACUAGAAAUAUUUUUCUAUGUUGCAGUUUACUCAACCUUUUCAUUUCCAAAUGCCAAGAAUCACAGCUGGGGGUUUGCAAGGACGGGGUGACCUCCUUGUGAUUUACCUACAGAGCAUAGAGACAGCUGGAGGCUACAAACUGUGCUCUGAUUCUUCACCGUUUUUGUUCUUUCUUGCAUUUCCCGUCUUGUACAUUUCAUUAUGUGCCAUUUCAUUUUAAAAAAGAUGUGAUUGUCCUCUCCAUGACAUUAGAAUAAUAAUUUUUCCAAAAUAGAGGCAUAUGUCUCUUUUCUAAAGUGCCAUAGCUACAACCCAUAUACAAAACAUAAACCCCACCAGCCUUUCAAUCUGGAAGGCAACCUGCCAGUGCAUCCGCCGAUCUGGUGAAAAGACAUGGCUGGAGGAUUGUCUCGGAGAAUAGUGCGUUCAGAAGAACUGGUGCUUCUAUUUAAAAGACAAGAGGAAACUUCUGCACCCAAGAAUGAACUGCGGGGGCAGACUUGGGGAUUCCACAGGCUAUUUUGGACUUUAUGGGAUUGUUUAGUGUCCUGUUAGAAUUUCAUUUUAUGGUUUGUUUUUUUUUUCAAAAGGGGAAGAACAAACAUCUCUGAGCUUGUGAAACUCAAGCUUUUUGAGAAGCGGAUGCAGAUGGAGAUGCAGAUGGAGUUUUUGUUUUUUUGCAUCAGAUCCACGGCCUGGGAAUGGCCCUAUCGACCAGAGGGGGUCAGUGAACUGGAGGUUCUGUGCUGUAAGGGUAAUAGAGCAACGCUAUACUUGUGUUCUAGAAUCUGGUUACACUAAUAAGAUUCUCUGUUGGUCCAAUGCUCAGUGCACAGCUGAACUGUGGUGGGGAAAGUUCCAAAGACAAGGAUCCUAACAAAGCAGGUCCUGGGAUUAAAUCUGCAUGGUCUAUGCUUGCCUAUCAGGAUUUGGGUGUCAAAUGAUCAUCCUUGCUUUAUGAGCACCUUAAAAUGUGUUAUGUUACACAUGGAAAUGGAGGCAAUCAACCCCUCCACAACUGUAAUCUAAUCUGAUGUGUUACUUUCAUAACUGAACGUUGUUUUAGUUUUGGGUUCUUUUAAAGAAAUGUAAAGAAUUAAGUCAGGGGGUAGAUGUGGAAUACUGUAUGCUAGCCUAGAUUUGGCUCACCAAAUAAACCCAAUUUCUUACAGUGGGUUUGGGUAGCUGAGUUCAGGGCCAGUUUUGCAUAGACAGGCACAAUAUUGCUGGGGACAAGGAACUACUGUAAGGCAUCCUGAUAUAUAACCAAUUCAGCAAGAUGCAGAACAGGCAGCUCUCUGGCUAUAUUGAAACCAUUGAGACAGAUUACUGUCAAGCUAAUUUUGGAUCUCGAGGAGAACAAUUUAAAAGUGCACUUUGCAUAUUAACUUAAGUGUCGUUGAGUGAAUAAAGCUGAUCUCUGUGUAAAUGCUGUGGGUGUCUGUAAACAUGCAGCUUCUCAUAAAUGUGUCAUUUGUAAAUACUAUAAUAUACAUAUUUUUUUGUCUUGUUUGCAAAUUCCACACUUGCUGUGCCCUGAGCAUUGGUAACGAUGGGUUCCCCUGACAAAUGCAGGUCAGUGGUACGAGGUCCAUGUUUGCAGGGGACGUUCAGUAGUGUACGGUACUAGUGACUGCACACUGAUACGUGUGUUACUCUGUACUGUAGUGUAGGCGAGUGACUGUAAAUACUAGUAAAUAGAUCAUUCCAAGGUAUUCAUUUUGUUUAUAUUUAACUUUUUUGUGCAUGAAAGAAUACCUAAAAAAAAAAAAAAAAAAGGGAAAAAAAUUGUAUAUAAUAAGAGACUGGUGUGAAAAGAUGAAUUAUUGUUGCCAGGUUGGCAUUGAGAGAGUUGGGGGUUCUCAUAUUGUGGCUGUUGUAUGAUAGUGCCGUUUUUCAUAUGCCAUGAAUUGGAUUGCUUUUAAUUAUCUUUUUUUUUAAGAUUUAAAUGUUCACAUUUUAUCUAGCCUAGAAACUGGAAUACAAUGGGAGAGACACAAGAAUUCUUUCAUGUUUUUUUUUUUUUUUUUUAAACAGUCAUUUCUCAUCCUAAUUUAAGGUAAAAUGAUUAAUCGAUGUGACUGACACAGUACCAUUGAUAAUGGAUCACAUUAAGGGAUUUAUUAAAAUGAUAAAUAAAUAGCUGCAGAAAACCCUCUUUUUUUAUGAAGGUGAUUUCUCAGACUAUUAUUUCAUAAUAGACCUCAAAUUACAUCAGCAACUGUUUUACUGCGUAUUUUAGGUCCAUUAUCCCCUGGUAAAGUUCUGGGGUAUGUAAUGAUCAAUUCCCUGCUUAUAAAGAUUGAGUGUCCUUUUAUUUAUUUGUAUGUUAUUUGAGCACUGUGCUAAACCAGUCUAAACUAGGCGUUGAUUGUCUGCAUUGCUUCCAUAAGGAACUACACAUUUCUUACCAUUUAUGAACAGUUGAUUUCCAAUGACAUUUUACAAUACGAACUGCGUAAAAUAUCUUUCUGUAGGUAUAAGAUGUGUGUACUGGAAUAACUUGAUGUUAACCUUAGCCCAGACUUGAUCUUGAUUGUGUACAGAUUGCAAAGUAAUAGUAUUUUUUUUUUUUAAGCGUUAACUUAAACCUUCCAGUGAAAUACUACCAAUAAGAAGAGUUUGUAUUCAUUUUAUUGUCUUUUCAAACAUGCAGUAAUUCAAACCUAUUUUGCGUUGCAGUACAUGUGGCUACAGUUAAAUGGACUAAUAUUCUGAAUCCCAGAUAAGCUCCUGCCUGUUGCAUCUUUUUCUUUAAUCAUGAGCACUUCUACAGUUCUUAUUUAUUAAUAUAUUGUACACUGUAGUAGUGCAUUCCACAUAAGAGCUUCCUGUACAUCUCUUGUUUUAUUUUGUCAGUGAAUCUGCAUUUCUCCCUGUGCGUUCUCACCUGCAUUUUCACACGAUUUUUGGGGGGGGAGCUUUCCUUAAAUAUUUAAUGCCAAGACUAUAAUGAUUGCUUGCCUGUAUUACUCUACCAGCCCCCUUCCUCCUCCUCUCUGACCUCUUGCAUUGUAUUAUAGAAAUACUGUUAACAUUGUGAUGCCAUCAUGCACAUGUGUAUGUAACUUUUGUAUUAAAAAGAUUAAAAUCAAGUCUAAUUACAGUACCUUGUUUACAGUGCAUGCAGCAGACUGCAAAUUAAAAUGACAAUCGAACCCAUA